CAUCAACAAAAACGCGCGUUUCCCAGUGCAUGUGACUUCUCUAUACUUCUUUUUCAACCCCUUUUUAUGACGCUAAAGUUUGUUGUGUUCUGUACCUAGAUGACAGCCACUCUCAAGGGUUUAUGGCGUUAAGGGCGGUUUUAGAAGCUAAGGGAGUUCUAGGCAAGUUCUUGGACCCCAACUCAUCAGAAUGCUGAAAGGAAUUUCUCACGUGAGCUAGUCUCACAGCCUUUAGCGGCUAAACCUCUCUCUAAAAAGAUGUCCUAAUAUGGGUCAGCCUUGGAUGCUUGUUCGGGCGGCUGCAAUUUUACUAGUGACACGGCAGACUCUGGCCCUGUCAGACAUCUUUGAAGAGGGGAAAUCCGACAAGGAAAUCCUGGAUAAUCUGUUGCGGAACACUCGCUAUGAUAAGAGGCUGCUGCCUCCAGUGAGAGGAACAUUAACUGUGAAUGUCAGCGUAUUAUUGCUAAGUUUAGCGUCUCCCGACGAAUCAAGUUUGAAAUAUGAGGUAGAGUUCCUGCUGCAGCAGCAAUGGUAUGAUCCUCGGCUGAGGUACUCGAACCAGAGCAGCUACGAUUUUCUGAACGCCAUACACCAUCACAACGACAUAUGGCUGCCCGACACCUAUUUCAUCAUGCACGGGGACUUCAAGGACCCCCUCAUUCCUGUACAUUUUUCACUUCGAAUCUAUCGAAACGGAAGCGUGAACUAUCUGAUGCGACGGCAUUUGAUAUUAUCCUGUCAGGGGCGUCUCAACAUAUUUCCCUUCGAUGACCCUCUCUGUUCAUUCGCCAUGGAAAGUAUAUCCUACGAGAUGACGGCCAUCAAGUACGUGUGGAAGAAUGACGAGGAUGUGCUGAGAAAAUCGCCCAGCUUGACCACGUUGAACGCGUAUCUCAUCGAGAAUCAGACGCUCAUAUGUCCGAUAAAAUCUAGUUGGCGAGGGAACUACAGCUGCCUUAAGGUGGACCUGAUAUUCACUCGGGACAGGGCCUUCUAUUUUACGACGGUGUUUAUUCCCGGGAUCAUAUUAGUCACGUCUUCGUUUAUCACAUUUUGGCUUGAGUGGAAUGCAGUGCCCGCCAGAGUUAUGAUUGGUGUGACUACAAUGCUCAAUUUCUUCACGACGUCGAACGGCUUCCGCUCGACGUUGCCAGUGGUGUCGAAUCUGACUGCUAUGAACGUGUGGGACGGGGUGUGCAUGUGCUUCAUCUACGCUUCACUGCUAGAGUUCGUGUGUGUGAACUACGUGGGUAGAAAGCGUCCGCUUCACAACGUCGUCUACAGGCCGGGAGAAAACCCAGUCACCCAGCGACUGCCCGCUGUUCUGAGCCGAAUAGGCAUAAUCCUGGCCAGUCCCCUGGAGACUGCAGAACAAGAAUAUUAUUCCACAUUCUGUGAAAGUCCCCGUCAUACAGGAGACAAGAAAAGGGACUCAACAACUGUGAAUGCCAAUGAGAUAGUCUCGUGUACCAAUUGUGGACCCAAUCCUUGUACUCAUACGGCCAACAAUGGGUGUGCAGCUGAGCCACGCUUGUUACAGGUGAGGAAAAAAGAGCCGCCUCAUCCAAUUCGUGUGGCAAAGACAAUAGACGUGAUCGCACGCAUCACUUUUCCCACGGCGUUCGCCGUUUUUCUCAUAUUCUUCUUCUAUCACUACAAGAGCUUCACCAACGGGCACGAGUAACAAGCAAAACGUUUGUGUCUUAAAAAUAAAAACCCUACAUAUCAACAUUAAACCGAAAAACAGCAACAACUAUACAAAACGUACGUGAUGAUAACCUAGUGUAUAAAUUUUGAGUGUAGUUUGUUUUGUUUUACUAUUUAUCGCAAAUUGCUACCUACUAGCAACUAGCAACUUGGUUCGCAAAACGUGUAGCUCUAAAAGCACUGUACAUAAAAGUUAUUAGCUAUUAGUUAUCAAAAUAAGUAGAUAUAUAUUCCUAUUAUUACUAUUAUUCAUAUUGUAGAUUUAUAUUAUAUUAUUGUGAUAUUAAUUACACUUUUAAAUUUACACAUGUUAUAUAUUAGAUCUAUCAGAGUAUUUUACAAAUAUAUACAUUACGGGUUUUAAAUAAAUAAAGAAUUUUUACCAAACUAGGUAAACCAUAUAGUAAUUGGACAUUUUGUAUAGUAAUUAGACACAUGGAGCAUAGUCAUUGGUAGGGAUUGCAAUCCGAAAAACCGGAUCCGGUAAUCCUGCGGAUCCGGCAUCAUUAAACGUCGACCGGAUCCGGCAUGAUCCGGCCGGAUCCGACCACACGCCAUUAGUUUUAAACUGACAGUUGGAUUUCAAACUGACAGUUUGUCAUUUGACUCGCUUGAUAGUCAAAUUAUUUUUGUUGCCUUCACGAGUACGAGAAUAAUUUCAGUAAAUUAUAUACUUAGAAUUAAAUUUAGUAACGAAUCCUUGCUAAUGAUGCAUAUUUCUGAUUUUGUUUAUAAUAACUUUAUGUAGAAAAUUUUAUAAACGGCAUUUUAGCUAGGAGUUAAAUUAAGCACCAGCGAAGCUUGCGAGCGAGUGUUUAAUAAAAACGAGUGUUUAGAGAAGUUUAUAAACGAGUUAGAUACCAUGCUUUAUAUACGAACACAAAACAGAAUUUAAAGCAAAUUUAAUUUAUUAAAAGAUUGACAUCUGUCAACUGUCACCCGGGUUUAACCUCACUAUUUCCCAAUUUAUAAUA